GAGGAGCGGGGAGCUGGCAGCGAUGGGGCCUGGAGAUGGGGUCAGGACUGCACCAGCGCCACGCUCAGCAGUGGGCCCCGGAGUCAGCCUGCACGCCUACGACAUCGGGGUCCUGGUCGUCUACUUUGUCUUCGUCGUGGGCGUGGGGGUCUGGUCGUCCAUCCGUGCAAGCCGAGGGACCAUCGGUGGCUAUUUCCUGGCGGGGAGGUCCAUGAGCUGGUGGCCGAUCGGAGCAUCUCUGAUGUCCAGCAACGUGGGCAGCGGACUGUUCAUUGGCCUGGCUGGGACAGGGGCCGCCGGAGGCCUUGCUGUGGGUGGCUUCGAGUGGAAUGCAACCUGGCUGCUUCUGGCCCUCGGCUGGAUCUUCGUCCCCGUGUACAUCGCAGCCGGAGUGGUCACCAUGCCGCAGUACCUGAAGAAGCGGUUUGGGGGCCAGAGGAUCCAGGUGUACAUGUCUGUGCUGUCUCUCAUCCUCUACAUCUUCACCAAGAUUUCGACUGACAUCUUCUCUGGAGCCCUCUUCAUCCAGAUGGCCCUGGGCUGGAACCUUUACCUCUCCACGGUGAUCUUGCUGGUGGUGACAGCCGUCUACACCAUCACAGGGGGCCUCACGGCCGUGAUCUACACGGACGCUCUGCAGACGGUCAUCAUGGUGGGGGGAGCCCUGGUCCUCAUGUUUCUGGGCUUUAAGGAGGUGGGCUGGUACCCAGGCCUGGAGCAGCGGUACAUGCAGGCCAUCCCUAAUGCCACUGUCCCCAACACCACCUGCCACCUGCCCCGGCCUGAUGCCUUCCACAUGCUUCGGAGCCCUGUGACCGGGGACAUCCCUUGGCCAGGCCUCAUUUUCGGGCUCACGGUGCUGGCUACCUGGUGCUGGUGCACAGAUCAGGUCAUUGUGCAGAGGUCUCUCUCCGCCAAGAGUCUGUCCCAUGCCAAGGGCGGCUCCGUGCUGGGGGGCUACCUGAAGAUCCUGCCCAUGUUCUUCAUCGUCAUGCCUGGCAUGAUCAGCAGGGCCCUGUACCCAGACGAGGUGGGCUGCGUGGACCCUGACGUCUGCCAACGGAUCUGCGGGGCCCGCGUGGGAUGUUCCAACAUCGCCUACCCCAAGCUGGUCAUCGCUCUCAUGCCCACUGGUCUGCGGGGCCUGAUGAUCGCCGUGAUCAUGGCCGCCCUCAUGAGCUCGCUCACCUCCAUCUUCAACAGCAGCAGCACCCUGUUCGCCAUUGACGUCUGGCAGCGCUUCCGCAAGAAGGCCACAGAGCAGGAGCUGAUGGUGGUGGGCAGGGUGUUUGUGGUGCUCCUGGUCGCCGUCAGCAUCCUCUGGAUCCCCAUCAUCCAAAGCUCCAACAGCGGCCAGCUCUUCGACUACAUCCAGUCCAUCACCAGCUACCUGGCCCCGCCCGUCACCGCCCUCUUCCUGCUGGCCAUCUUCAGCAGGAGGGUCACAGAGCCUGGAGCUUUCUGGGGCCUCAUGUGCGGCCUCGCGGUGGGGCUCCUGCGCAUGGGCCUGGAGUUCUCGUUCCCAGCCCCGGCCUGCGGGGAGGAGGACCGGAGGCCGGCCGUGCUCAAGGACUUCCACUACCUCUACUUUGCCCUCGUCCUCUGCGGCCUCACCGCCAUGGUCAUCGUCACUGUCAGCCUCUGUACAACCCCCAUCCCCGAGGAAAAGCUCGCUCGCCUGACGUGGUGGACGCGGAACCAGCCCCACUCCGCGCUGGAGAAGGAAGCCCACGAGGACACGCCAGGGGCCCUGGAGAUGCCAUCUGGGCCACAGCCUGCAGGGGGCCGAGGGGCCGAGAACGCCAGCCAGGGCCCGGAGCAGCACGGAGCCCCACGCAGAUCCUGGGGAAGGCUGCUCUGGGGCUGGUUCUGUGGGCUCUCCGGGGCCCCGGAGCGGGCCCUGAGCCCGGCAGAGAAGGCCGCGCAGGAGCAGAAGCUGACCAGCAUCGAGGAGGAGCCUCUCUGGAGAAGCGUCUGCAACGUCAAUGCCAUCCUCCUGCUGGCCAUCAAUGUGUUCCUCUGGGGUUAUUUCGCGUGA